GACUCCAUCUUGAACUGUGGAGGAGUGGUGUUUGAAUAUAUUUCGUUUUGUUUCUUUUUUUUUGUGUUUUCUCUAAUUUUACGUUGUAAGAAAGUAAUAUGGGAAUCCUAGAGAGGAUUGCCGAAAUUGAAAAUGAGAUGGCAAAGACUCAGAGAAACAAAGCCACAGCAAACCAUCUGGGUUUACUGAAAGCUCGGUUGGCCAAGUUACGCCGGGAGCUCAUCACCCCCAAGGGAUCUGGCGGGGGUCCUGCAGGGGAAGGUUUUGAUGUGGCCAAAACAGGAGAUGCAAGAGUUGGUUUUGUUGGAUUUCCAUCAGUUGGAAAAUCAACUUUACUCACAAAUCUUGCUGGCGUGUAUUCUGAAGUUGCCGCGUAUGAAUUCACCACCUUGACGACAGUGCCAGGUGUGAUUCGUUACAAAGGAGCAAAGAUCCAGCUUCUUGAUCUGCCGGGAAUCAUUGAGGGUGCUAAAGAUGGCAAAGGAAGGGGAAGACAAGUCAUUGCUGUUGCAAGGACAUGCAGUCUCAUAUUCAUAGUGCUUGAUGUUCUCAAACCAUUGGGUCAUAAAAAAUUGAUUGAAUAUGAGCUUGAAGGUUUUGGACUAAGGCUGAACAAAAAACCGCCAAAUAUUUCCUUCCGAAAGAAGGAGAAAGGAGGAAUUAAUUUUCAAACAACAUGCGUUCAGUCAGAGCUAGAUAUUGAUACAGUGAGGACAGUGUUGAGUGAAUACAGAAUUGCUAAUGCAGAUAUAACUGUACGAGAAGAUGCGACAUUGGAUGAUCUCAUUGAUGUUGUUGAAGGAAAUAGAGUCUACAUUCCAUGCAUUUAUUUGCUGAACAAGAUUGAUCAAAUCUCUAUUGAGGAGUUGGACAUCAUAUACAAAAUUCCUCAUUGCGUUCCAAUAUCAGCUCAUCAUAAGUGGAAUUUUGAUGAUCUCCUUGAGAAGCUUUGGGACUACCUGAACCUCACUCGCGUCUACACCAAACCAAAAGGUCAGCUUCCAGACUAUAACUCACCCAUCAUUCUUCGCGACGUGAUGAUCACAGUGGAAGAUUUUUGCAAUCGUCUCCAUCGAACCAUUAUCAAGGAAUUUAAACACGCCUUGGUGUGGGGAUCAUCCGUUAAACACAAUCCCCAGAAGGUUGGCAAAGAACACAAACUAAAUGAUGAAGAUGUUGUUCAGAUCGUCAAGAGGAUCUGAGAAUCAUCAUGAAACUGAAAUGGACCACAUUGGAAAUGCUGUGAAUGGUUAAAAUGAUAAAUAUUGGAUUGAAAGAAUUCGUAGACUCGAUAUAAAUUAAAUAGUGCUUCAGUUAGACAUGAAUUUUGUCUCUACGGAGUAAGAGCUUCUGACUCAACCAAACAAUAUCAUGUACCAGCGUUGCUCGCAGAUCAUCAAAACGUUUCUUGAACGAUCAGCUUUUGUGCAUAGCCACGCGCGAUUCUGAGGAUGAAAUAAGCAAAAUAACAACAAUAUGAACGAAAUAUUUUAUUUUAAA